AUGCCUGAGCUUCCAGGUGCGUUACCGCAGCAAAACGGAGUUCUGACCACCUCCCCAGAAGUCGAACGCGCCCGUCGGUUAAUUGCCGAAACUUGCACCGGGUACACCAUUGGCAAAGCUGAGACGUACGAAGAUACCAUCGUGUACGACGGUGCGAGUCAUGACGAGUUUGAUGUGAACGCAAGGGAAAGCAGUUCGUCGCACACAUUCAAUCUGGAAGCUAAUUUCAAGAUUCUGGAUUACUCUUUCCGGCGAAGGCAGAUUCCCAGUUAUGCACUUCGGCAUGACAGGAAUGAUCCAGGCCAAGAACCCACCUGGUAUAGAAGAAAAGUUAAUCUCGGCGAAGGAGUAGAUGGCGCCCUUCUCUGGCCGCCCAAGUUGACGCCACCGGAUGUUGCUGGGGAAGCUCGUGAACUGGCAUUCCUGGACCCUCGCCGCCUCGGGCGAUUGCGCCUCGUCCCUGACCCGGUGCUCUCGCAUCCCCCACUCAGCUUACUUGGAUUUGACCCGGUGCUCAGCCAUCCCUCACUGGACGAGUUCAAAGGCUUGCUGGAGAACAAGCGGGGCACCGUCAAGGGUUUGAUCAUGGAUCAGGCCUUCAGUGCCGGAGUCGGGAACUGGGUGGCCGACGAGUGCGUACCACGUAUCGUGCUCGCUGACUGGCAGAGUCCUCUACCAAGCGCACAUCCACCCGCAGCACCCGAUUCAGGAUCUCGAAGAAGCGCAGACUCUGCCUUGUUCCCCACCAACUGGCUUUUCAAGUGGCGCUGGGGCAAGGGGGCGAAGAAGAAGAAGAAGGCCGUCUCUUCAACCAACGGCGAUGUCAAGGUGGAGCAGCCUGCAUUCCUGGCACUGGUAGGGAACAUUGUUACGAUCGUAACUGACGUCGAGCCCGAUGGCAGUCCGGCGACGAUCACGUUCGUCACUGUGGGUGGUCGCACCAGCGCAGUCGUCACCGAGCUCCAAAAGAUGCCGAGCAAGAAGGCCGCCGCCGCCAAGCGCAAGCGGAAUGCAACGGAUGCGAGCGACACUGAGACCGACGAACCACCUAAGCAGCGUCGUCCUCGGCCAAAGGUCAAGAGGAAGGUUGUUAGGGUGAAGAAGGUCUCGACCGGGUUAUUCUCGCGCGAGAGGUGGGGCGAUGAACUUCGUCCUUAUCGCGGGGCUCGGCGAGAGUCUGUCGCAUGCCGAGACAUGUUCUGCACCCGCUGUCCGCCCACGUCUACUUGCGCCAGCACUCUGUUCGCCGACUUCCCACAGGUCGCGAGCUCAGAGCUGGCCGUUUCGAGGGGCGAUGAGCACGAUCCCAUUAGGCAAUUUCCUCUCACAACGCAUACGGAGAUGUGGAGUCAGGUUCUGGAGCUGCUGGAUCCCUUCAGGUCGGAGGCCGCUCCAUCCCCGGUUGACACGCAGUCUGCUGCCCGUCCCUCAUUCCCUCCUAUUCAACCAACGUUGCCGAAGAAGGGCGUUGAGGUGCAGGUCUAUCCUUCUCCUUCCAAACCUAUGUCGCCCAGGCGUCUCCUGUCACGCCUUCCUCUGGUUCAGACACCCACCAGGUUUACCAGUCUCUUCUGGCGUCACUACAACGAAUCGCCCAGAUACUACCCCGAUCUACCUCUUGUCCAGUCGCCCAUCCAAGUUGCCGACCUCGAGCGGCCUGUGACGCCGCUGUCGCUGGAAUCGCCGAGCAGCCUCUGGACGGACUCAGACACUCUGUGCCCUUCGCAGAGCUCGGGAGCUGUCGCUUCGUCUAAGUUCCAGACACUGAAGCGCUGGAAGAACAAGAAGAAGGGACGCCGCGGGGGAUCGCUGAAGACGAUACUUUUGUCGGGAAAGAGGACCUCCUCGCCGCCUGGCCCUCGAUGGGUGAAGUCCUUACGGAAGGCUGCCCAUUGGAUGUCUUCGCGCGAGCGUCGCAAGUCGUCAUCGCAGUCCAGGGCCGUCCGAGCUUCUCCUCAGCGCCGAGACGCCAUCUGGAGGUCGGCCAGCACCCGAGACUACAGCGUUUACUUCCCUCGCCCCCUCAGCUUGGAGCGCGCCCAGGAGGUGCCCGCCCCUCCGUCUUCGCCCUCAUCCGUGUACUCUCAGGAGACUUUCCAUUCACUCUUCGACGAGGACCCCAGUGACGACUGUCCCGCCGACGACGAGAUGGAUAUCCUGCUCGACACCGUCUCUGAGAUGCCGACCCCACUCGUGCCGAGCCCGUCCACUCCGCCUAAGAGUCGAUUGGUUGGGUGGCUGGACGCCGCCUUUCGAGCUAUGUGGUGGGAGAAUGUCGCCUACGGUCUUGGACGGCUCGCUUUCUGCUCCACACGACUUGCGCUGCGCAUCACUCUCCUUGCUGUGCCCCCGCUCGCGGCUUGGGCCGCGUUCCGAGUCAGCGACGCCGCGCUCCGCACUACCUUCCCGCCCUCCUCCUAG